ACCAAACCUCAGCCUUCAACACCUUGCAUCGCCGCCCUUUGCAGCCCCUCACUUCGCACUGUGAAAGAUCGCAACCACAUUCAUACCCCUUGAGCUCAAUGCGCCGUCAGAUAGCGGCUCGCCGCUGCCACUACCUUCCUUUCCUUCCCCAGCCACCUCAUUGAUCGAUCACCAGCACCAUGUACCGCCGCGGCGACCCACGCUGGAACCGCACGAUCCAGAAUAUUACCCAUACAGUCGAGCACGCAAACGAGUCGGCACAGGAGAACCUCUACAGCUUUACGCAUAAAUACGUCAAUCCCUGCCUGCAAUCUGUCACCGAAUGCGUCAACGCUUGCACAGCGCCGUGCUUCCCUUCACAGAAUGACCGCCGGCGGCAUCGCGCACGAUCGCGCGGUAGAGAGGAACUGAGCUUCGAUUUCUACGAUGACUGGGAAGAGGAUGAGAACGAUGGGCUGCUGGGGUGGGGAAACGAUAAUCUGGAUCGGCUGUGGGGAAGCUCGAGCAACUAUGGGACCGUGUCUCAGCCUGGUCGCCAGCGGGCCAUGAGCUACGGCACUCGGCAACGCGACAACAGAUAUAAUACUGCGAGGAGGAAGAGUGCAGUACAGCCUCAUGAUGGAGGAUUAGACCCUACGAUUAUCCCUAGCUCAUCAUACUUCGGCUUCCUGGGGAGGCUACCCUUCAAGAUCGGCGGGAAGGUGCUACGGUAUAAGCCUUCGGCGGCCGAUCUGACGGAACAUCCUGGGCAGUCAAGAAGAAGCCACGAAGAGCAUGAAGAGUCGCAGCCGCUGAUCGACGAAAGUGAGGACGAAGCGCACCGCGAGAAUAAGAAGAAGGGGCACACGCGGCAGCGGAGCCAUACCAGCGCAUCCGGUCAAACAGCAAGCUCUCUAAGUUCUAGAGGUGACAUCUUCCCCAGUGAAGACGAGGACGACGCCAUACCUCUAGACGACGAAUUUGCUGUUGCACUCGAGCGGCGGACGACAGGUCAAUGGCGCGAUGACACCAGCAGCGGAAGGAGCAAGGUUCGCUCAGGCAGCAAAAGCAAGCGACCAGCUGGUUCACGAGUAUCUUCGCGAACAGUCUCGUCGCGGAACACAGUUGAUUCAGGAAGAAGGAGCGACGACGCGAACAUGAAACGCUCCGCAUCCGCAGCUAUAGAAGAAGUCCCUACAUUAUCCGACUUCAAGCAAGAAGAAGAGCGUCUACGCAUAGAAGAGGAAGCAGAAAUAGCGCGCAAGCGACAUGAAGCGCAGCAGUUGGCUGUAAGACGAGGUCUAGCAGUGGAUCAGCAUCUCCAGCCCCGAGCACUUUCGCCCAGUCUUUCAUCACCUCACAGUCAGUCUGAAAUGGCAGCAAUGCAGACUUCAACCUCCCCACUACUGCUCCAGACAACGAGCGAAGCGGACGCUGAAUCAGAUGCAGUGCCGUCUCCCUUCCCAGCAGUGGAUUCGCAAACAAUGCCUGAUAGCUCCUCGUUCCAUGUCGAUGAAUCAGAUUAUUCCAGCAUCGCGCCCACGCCGAAUAGGCCGCUGUCUCUGAAGGAUGAGCCACGGGAAGUUUCCGCGGAGUCGAACGAUUCUAGCUUUGUGCCCGCGCGCCUACCACAUUUCGAUUCGGGACCCGAUUGAAAGCCAAAGACUAGCUCAGGAUCAUGUUUAAAAGUCAGGAUCUGAUUGAAGCUCCCCAAAGCGAGCAAAUCAUCGCCCUGCCGCGCGAAUUGUUGCGGCAGAUGGCAGGGCCGAUACGCUAGUCACCACUAGCCUGUAUGCUUGGAUGUCGCGUCGAGGGAAGUAGCCCAGCUGUUGGAGGAGAGCUGAGAAGAAGUGUGACGUUCUUACCGCAUUGCAUUACCUGUAUGACUCGAUUAGAACUCGAAAGGCAUUGGGGAAGACGGACACGAGCAUUGAUGAUCGUUAUGUAUUGAUGAUACGUUUGCAUAUGCUCGAGCAUUUUUAGGUAUCUAGCAGAGGGCGGCACAAGCCCAUGUCCAUGUAGAUGUACGAUGAGAUGAUAAUAUGACACUGUCGAUAACCUAGAACAAGCG